AGUGCGCCUGCGCGCCGCCAGGGCCGCCGAGGUGAGGCCUCAUUGAGUCUGCGCACGCACGGCUACCGAGGGCCUGGGAGGCCUGGAAGGAACCGGAAGCGGAAGUGAGUUCGAGGACAACUCUCGUUCGGAGAGGCUCCCGUUGUUGUCUCGAAGGAGUCUCGAGAUCCCGGCGCCGCCAUGGAGAGUGAGUUUUCAGACCCAGAGCCUGGGGCUGCUGGAGGGGAAGAAUCCAAGUCUGAAAACGGGGAGAAUGCACCCAUUUACUGUGUUUGCCGCAAGCCUGAUAUCAACUGCUUCAUGAUCGGCUGUGACAAUUGCAAUGAGUGGUUCCAUGGUGACUGCAUCAAGAUCACGGAGAAGAUGGCGAAGGCCAUCCGCGAGUGGUACUGCCUGCAGUGCCGGGAAAAGGACCCAAAGCUGGAGAUUCGAUACCGACACAAAAAACCAUGCCGAGAGCGUGAUGGGGAGCAUGAGGCUGAGCCCAGGGACGAUGCGGCCACCCCACGUAGGAAGGUUGCCUCAGAUCUCCUUGUAGAGCCUGUGGGAAGUGGGCCCAUGACCAUUCCCAAGGGCUUCACCUCUCCCCACAAGGCCCCACCUCCUUCAGCACCCGGGCCUGUCCGAGAGGUGUCCAACCAGCAGAUCAAACGGUCAGCUCGGAUGUGUGGGGAGUGUGAGGCCUGCCGACGGACUGAGGAUUGUGGCCAUUGUGACUUCUGCCGUGACAUGAAGAAAUUUGGGGGCCCCAACAAAAUCCGCCAGAAGUGCCGUCUGCGACAGUGCCAGCUCCGAGCCCGGGAAUCCUAUAAGUAUUUCCCUUCUUCGGUGAGUCUGGCAUCAGCUGUGCAGAAACUUCUUCGGGCACGGGAAGAACAUUUCCAGAUGCUAAAGGAGCCACCAGAGGCUGUGGCCACACCUGAGGCGCUCUCUGAUGAGGAUCUGCCUCUGGACCCUGAGCUUUAUCAGGACUUCUGUGCUGGAGCCUUUGAUGACCAUACCUUGCCAUGGUUGAGUGACCCUGAAGAUGCACCUUUCCUGGACCCAGUACUUCGGAAACGUGCAGUGAAAGUGAAACAUGUCAAGCGGCGGGAGAAGAAGUCAGAGAAGAAGAAGGAAGAGAAGUACAAGCGUCACCGGCAGAAGCAGAGGCACAAGGAUAAGUGGAAACACAUUGAACGGCCAGAUGCCAAAGACCCGGCCUCCUUGCCCCAGUGCCUGGGCCCCAGCUGUGUCCAGGCUGCCCAGCCAGGCUCCAAGUACUGCUCUGAUGACUGUGGCAUGAAGCUGGCUGCUAAUCGCAUCUAUGAGAUCCUACCCCAGCGAAUCCAGCAGUGGCAGCAAAGCCCAUGUAUUGCGGAAGAACAUGGGAAGAAGCUUCUGGAGCGGAUCCGAAGGGAGCAGCAGGGGGCUCGGAUGCGCCUGCAGGAUAUGGAACGUCGCUUUCAUGAGCUGGAGGCUGUCAUCCUCAGGGCCAAGCAACAGGUGGUGCGGGAAGAUGAGGAGAGCAAUGAGGGAGACAGCGAGGACACGGACCUGCAGAUCUUCUGUGUCUCCUGCGGCCAUCCUAUCAACCCCAAGGUGGCAUUGAGACACAUGGAGCGUUGCUAUGCCAAGUAUGAGAGCCAGACAUCCUUCGGGUCGAUGUACCCUACCAGAAUCGAAGGGGCCACUCGACUCUUCUGUGACGUCUACAACCCACAAAGCAAAACAUACUGCAAGCGCCUGCAGGUUCUGUGUCCUGAGCAUUCCAGAGACCCCAAGGUGCCAGCGGAUGAAGUGUGUGGCUGCCCUCUUGUACGAGAUGUGUUUGAGCUGACUGGAGACUUCUGUCGCCUGCCCAAACGACAGUGCAAUCGGCACUAUUGCUGGGAGAAGCUGCGGAGGGCUGAGGUGGAUCUGGAGCGUGUGCGAGUGUGGUACAAGUUGGAUGAGCUGUUUGAGCAGGAGAGGAACGUUCGCACGGCCAUGACUAAUCGGGCUGGCUUGUUGGCCCUAAUGCUGCACCAGACCAUCCAGCAUGACCCCCUUACCACAGACCUGCGCACCAAUGCAGACCGCUGAGCCAGCGCCUGAGGAGACGGCCCUUGUGGCUCCACCCCUCACUCUGGCCUCCAUCUCUCCAAGUGUGGCCAGAUCCCUUUCUUUGCCUGUGGCGGACUUGCCAUUCUAUUCCCCAUCUCCCCAUGUCCUUGUUUGCUUCCUUUCUGUGUCUGCCCCGGCCCUCCCUCCUCCCUGACCCUUUGGGUCAAGUGGAGGCCUGUCCACUUUAGCCACCCCUUCCUAACAUCAGGAGGCCACACUGCUCUCAUGGGGAGAUGAAGGCCUCAAAGGAGAAUCAAGGGAGAAUUGGUGUGUGUGUGGGGGGGUGAGGAAUGGGGGUUGAGACUGCAGACCUGAAGUUUGUUCACAAUAAACUUUGGAAGAAAUAGGCUAGUGA